CCUAUUUAUUCUUAUAUAUUCGUAAAACACUUUGGCUGACCAUGUCUUAUUCAAGUCGACGACGAAGAGGCUCUUACGCGACCAAAGCAUGUAAUAAUUGUCGAAAAAAACACAUAAAGUGCUCCGAAGGAGUUACUUGCACAUAUUGUGCAUCGCAUAACCUUCAAUGUACUUAUGCUGAAUUAGUUAAAAAACGAGGCCCGAAAACGGCAAAUAGAGCAGCUAACAUUUUUGGAAAUAACUACUAUGAAGCUGCAAAUGCAAAACAAGAACACGUAUUGACUCCAAAUGAAUAUCAAUUUAACUCUAUUCCUUAUUACCUCAACGAGAGGAAUUAA